AUGGAGAGGAUCGUCGCAGAGAAGUACAAGUUAGGUCGCAAAAUUGGGAGCGGCUCAUUCGGCGAAUUGUACCUCGCAACUCAUAUUGAGACUGGCGAGAAUUUGGCCGCGAAAAUUGAAAAUAACAAGACAAAACAUCCGCAACUGUUGUAUGAAGCCAAGCUUUAUAAAACUCUACAGGGAGGAAAUGGUAUUGCAGGCAUAAAAUGGGCGGGAUUUGAUAGGGACGAUAAUGUUCUCAUCAUUGACUUACUGGGACCGAGUCUCGAGGACCUCUUUGUGUACUGUGGGAGGAAGUUUUCACUGAAAACAGUCUUAAUGUUGGCUGACCAGAUGAUUACAAGAAUAGAUUAUGUGCAUUCUAAAGGGUUUUUGCAUAGAGACAUCAAACCAGACAACUUCCUCAUGGGUCUCGGCAAGAAAGCAAAUCAGGUUUACAUUAUUGAUUUUGGACUUGCAAAAAGAUUUCGGGACCAAAAUACAAACCGGCACAUUCCGUACAGAGAAAACAAAAGCUUAACAGGAACUGCACGUUAUGCUAGUUGCAAUACCCAUUUGGGAAUUGAUCAGAGUCGUCGGGAUGAUUUGGAGUCACUUGGCUAUGUUCUUCUGUACUUCUUAAGAGGAAGCCUUCCUUGGCAGGGUCUUAAAGCUGCAACGAAGAAGCAAAAAUAUGAUAAGAUUUGUGAGAAGAAGCUAUCAACUCCCAUUGAGGUCCUAUGUAAGUCUCAUCCUGUGGAGUUUGCAUCCUACUUCCAUUAUUGCCACUCUUUAACAUUUGAUCAACGCCCGGAUUAUGCAUUCUUGAAGCGCCUGUUUCGUGACUUAUUCAGCCGUGAAGGGUUUGAUUUUGAUUAUGUAUUUGACUGGACAAUUCUAAAAUACCAUCAGGCACAACAGACAAGGACCCAGGGUCAAUCAUCUGGUGUUCAGCCAGCUGUAGUGACUAAUGGUCGAGCAGCGGCUAGCAGUCGACCAGUGCCUAUGGAUGCGAUGAGACUUAAAGGAGUUAAUGAUGUUUCUGGAUCAGCUGAGGUCGCAGACCGUAGACGGUCGAGUAAUCUUGCUCAUCCAGAUGUUCAUAUGCAAUUUAGAUCGUCAACAGCCCAGAAUUUAGGUGCUAAUGAUCUGGUUGAAAAACAUAAUGUGAGCAAUGUGCCGAUGCCAUCUUCUACGUAUGCUCUCAGAAAAAAUUAUAAAAAACCAGAGGGGCCGGCUGAAAAUGCAAACUUAGGUCGUGGAGUUGGGAACCAAAAUGGUGCUUCAAGCAGUUGGAUGCCAUCAAUAAACCAGGUUUCUUCCUCAAAAUAUUCAGCCUUGGUUUGUUUUUCAGCUACAGAUCUGAAGGAGAUUACUCAAAGCAUGCAUCUUGCUGUAGCAAAUGUCAUGAAGAUUGAGUUGCUUUCUGUUCUUAUUGCUGUAUCUUUUUCGGAUCAAAGCCCUGGAUGUUCACCCAGGCUCUUCAGAAUCUGGAAAAAGAGUAAAACUAGUAUUUCAGAGGAUGAAUGGGACAACUUCAUUGGCUGUCUCGAUGUCGAUUUGAAGAGGGUAUUAGAGAUCCUUCUAUCGGUUGUUAAGUUGGAAAUUGCAAGUAUGAAUCAACCUCGUAAAGCACAGGCACUGUAUUGUACCCCUCCUCUUCAGUCUUCAUCAUCUCAUUCCUCCUUUCCACUAUUGGGCUUCAAAAAAAUGAGCUCUUGCGGUUUGAAAUGCCCAACAACACAGGGGAUGCAUGGGGGGCUAGAGGACAUAGACGAAAAUGGUGGCAUGAGUUGGGCAGGCGAGGCUUGUGCCCCGCCACCUGAAACUCCAACGGAGUCCAUGGAGUUUCUGGCCAGAUCAUGGAGCCUCUCUGCCAUGGAGCUCUCCAAAGCUCUUUCCCACACUCAUGUUAAUGUUGCUUCCAAAAAUCUUGACAACAACAAGUCUGCCUUCACUUCUUCUGAUGGUGUUGGUUCGCAUGAUACAGUUUCCAUGCGUUUAGGAGAGCCUCCAAGUGGGGGUAGCCCUCCAAUUUCACCCAGAGACAGUGAAGAAAUGAAGGAGUUAUUUUUACUGCAUCAAGCACUCCACCCAGAUUUCCUUUCCACUCAACAGCAAUUGCUCAAUAAUGGGCUAUACAAGAGCAUUUUGCGAGGGAAAACAAUGGGAAGGUGGUUGAAAGAUCAAAAGGAGAGGAAGAAGCAGGAACUCAGAACCCAAAAUGCUCAGUUGCAUGCAGCUGUUUCUGUGGCUGGGGUUGCUGCUGCUGUAGCAGCAGUUGCAGCUUCAACUGCAUUGCCUGAAACUUCAGCUGCCCACCAGAAAGCGCCACUAAUAUCGGAGCUGAGGACUGAAACAUCAGCUGCACUAGCAUCUGCGGCUGCUCUUGUAGCGUCGCGUUGCAUUGAGAUUGCGGAGGAAAUGGGAGCUGAUCAUGACCACAUUCUAUCAGUUGUCAACUCUGCAGUAAAUGCAAGGACGAAUGGAGAUAUCAUGACCUUAACUGCUGGAGCAGCUACAGCUUUACGAGGAGCUGCUACACUUAAGGUAAGGCUGCAAAAGGAGUAUGGAGGCACGAACUUGGUUCUGGCUGACGAAAAACUUGAAGGAAAAGAAUCAAAUUCAGCACUGAACUUUGUCACUAGAGGAGGUGAACUCCUCAAACGUACAAGGAAAGGUGAUCUCCACUGGAAGCGAGUUUCUUUCAACAUUAAUUCAAAUGGGCAGGUUGUAGCCAAAAUGAAAAGCAAGCACAUGGCGGGAACAUUUACGAAAAAGAAGAAAUGUGUAGUCUCUGGAGUCUACUGUGACAUCCCAGCCUGGCCGGGAAGGGAGAGGGAGGAUGGAAGCAAACCAAGGGCAUACUUUGGGAUAAAAACAGCUGAAAGGACAAUAGAAUUUGAAUGCAAGAGUAAAGGUGACAAACAUAUGUGGACUGAGGGAAUCCACCAUAUGUUGAAUUUCAUGCCAACAUAA